CAAAAUGAAACCCUCACUCUCUCCUUUCCUUCAACCCCAAAAGCUAAAACCCUUCUAUUAUCUGAUCUGUUCGAUUUCAAAAAAAGCCAAAACACAAACGCCAUGAGCUCAUUCACUAACUUCGACAAUCUUUUACUCCAAACCCUAAUGGGUCGCCUCCAAAUCCAUCCCCCUCCUCCUCAAUACCCUUUCCUUUCUCAAUCCCUCGAAGACCUCCUUUUCAACGUUGAUGACUCCUCAGAUGACGAUGACGAUGACACCAACAAAACCCAGCUCUCAAAAGAAGAGUCCAAGCUCGAGAAGGAAAUCAUUCGAGUCAUCCUUUCAGGCAAGAUCGAUUCAUUGAAACCCAACUCCGGUCAGGCAGUUACAAUCGGCGAACACCACAUCUGUGUUGGGUUUCACGAGGAACAAGGAUCGGAUUAUCGGGUAUGGGAGUGGCACGGACAUAUCAUGCUUUUUGAUGAAGAGGAUGGGUAUACCCCUGAGUACAUAUAUGGGAAUUACUUCGAGAGGCUUCUUGGUAAGACUGCCGCCUCCACCACCGCCACGCCCAAGCAGGAGCAGGAAGAGAACGAAGACGAGGAGGAGGGGGAGGAGGAGAAAGUAGGGAAUUUGGGGUUGAGAGAAUUGAUUGAUGGUGGGGAUUCUGGUGCUGCUAGGAUUCUUCACAGGAUCAUCAGCGCGGGUUCUCCUAGGUUCAAUUGACUUCACGCUUUUGAAGUGCUUUUGGGUAUUCAAGUGGAGGCUGCACCCAGUAUUUCAUUCUCAUUGCUGCAUGGAGAUUUGAGCUUUGGCUGUCAUUUUGCAGUCUGCUAAUGGUGCAGUUCCAGAGAUUCAUCUUGUAUCUGCCCUGGAAUAUAUUUGAACUUCAAAUAUACUUUGAGUUAUAUAGAAGAAGGCUUCAUGUUGUAAGACUUCAUUUUGUUUGACUGGUUUUUUAUUCAAGAUGAGCUUAAAUAGCUUAAA